UCGUUGUCUUCGUUGUGCUCUUUAUUCUGUCGUUACUAAGUACGGAUACGCUGCCAGUCACUCUUUAUUCUACAUUCUUUUAGUGCAGUACUUAUCUAAGACCCCCUCCCCCCCAAAACCAACAAAACAUUCAAAAUGUCCCGCCUCCUAACCCUAACCACCCUCCUCACCACCCUCUCCCUCCUCACCCCCUCCCAAGCCCGCACCGACCUCAAAGGCUGCACCUCCACCGCAACCCGCAACCAAUGGAACGAGGCCUCCGUCCUCUGGUACGUCCCCGGCACCGGCGAAAUCUGCGACUUCCCGGACUGCGGCGGCGGUCGCGCCCCGCCCAAGUACGACAACCCCGCUUGCCCGGGUUAUACGGGGUCGGCGAGUUACGAGCCGACCUUCCUUCCCGGGUUCGGGGAGGCUACUGCCACUGCUACCGCCACUGCUUCUGCCGGUGGGGACGCGGAUGAUGCGGCCCCUACUGAGGGUGCUUCUGCUACGGGUGGGACCAGACCUGGUGUGACUGGGGUUGUGUCUGCCACGGGCAAGAGCGUGGCUGGAUCGGCUCCGGGCUCUGCCACUGCUGGUGGUGUCUCUUCGUCGGCGGCGGCGGUGGCUUCGCCGUCUGGAUCUUCUAGGGCGGGUGUGACCAAGUUGGCGUCGACUAAGACUUCGUCGGUGUCGUCUUCUUCGACUGCCGGCUCGGUGCCGACUUUCAAUGCUGCGGCGGGUGGAUAUGCUCGUAUUGGUGGUGGUGGUGUUGUUGGGGUGGUUGUUGCUGCUGCUGUGCUGUUGUAAGGGGUGGGAUGUUUGUAUCUAAUGUUGGAUUGGCUGGUUGGAAGGGUAAGGGUGUGUUGUUGGUGUUUGGUAGGUGGUUGUUGGUAAUUGUAGUUAGAAGUUAAUGUGACUUUUGUCUACAGAAAUCUUUGUAUAUGCUACAUGUAUAUGAAUCUGACAAGUCUAUGUACAACAAAAAAGACAAGAAAGUUGUUAUCUAUUCGGGCUAGCGAUGGUCACCUUUGAAUUCUGUCUUGCUGUUCUAUUAGAACACCGACUGAUUGCGAUGGAACACCGACCAAACCGCGCGAACCUGUUCAGU